CCGCGCAGCUCAGACGUCUGUCCACCGUCUAGCCGUUUACGUGCCGUGGAAUUUUCGCCUCGAAAAUAUAAAAUGAAAAAGGUAGAAUCACCCCUGGAUGUGCUCUCGCGCGCAGCAACAAUGGUGCAGCCGUGUCCAGCUUACCCCGCCAGUGAUUCCGAUGGUUUUGAAACUCCGAGUACGGCCUCUAGCGGCGAAUCGGAGGGUGACCGCACGCUGUCCCCUGAGGCGCCGCGUGCGCAGACCAAGGAGCUCACCGGAAAGUGGAGGCGAGAACGGCGCUCCGUGCGCCAACCAGAAUACAGGCCAAAGGAGAAUGGCAAAAUGGCGCUACGGUCACAAUCGUUCAACGAGCGUCGUAGCGUAUCAUCAUCAAUUGCGCGCGCGCAGCGUCAUAGCGACGGUGAACUGUCGGACGAAAUUGACGAUGCACCCGCAAAUCUAGCACUCAAUGGUAAAGCUCCACCAGAAUACCCUGGAAUGAAGCAUGAAGCUCCCAUUGAUAUGCGAUUGCGGUCAAGACCGGCACCUCCUCCCUAUAAUAGACCUUCAGUUAUAAAAAGCAACGAUUCUCCUCCCGGUUCCAUGUCUAUGUGUGAUCCUGUCAUCGACGAGCACUUCCGACGCUCCCUCGGCGACGACUACAUGAACCUGUUCAAAAAGAACUCGCCAGCGGAAAACUCACAACCCGGUCCCAAGCCCAACACUAAGGACCGAGCCAGUAGCCCCAUACAGUUCAAGAUCGAUGAAGAUCCGAAACCAGCAAAAAUAAUCGCAAUGGAAGUUGACGACGCCAGCCUCUCGGUAGACGAUCACUUCGCAAAGGCCCUCGGGGACACGUGGCGUCAGAUCCAAACGUCGAGAUUAAAAGACAACGAAAAGCAAACAUCCAAGGGCGGAGUAGACGACCACUUCAGCAAAGCAUUGGGUGAAACGUGGAAAAAAAUACAGGCCUCAAAACUAAAUAUCGAAGAAGAUAAAAAAGAUCAGACCACGAAAAUCAUCACAAGGAGUGGCGUUGUUAUAUAAUGACGUCAUUAAACACUAGGCGGUUCGGUUUACGGCUCCGUAAAAAUUUACGGCUUUACGAUUCUAACUGGAGUAUCAAUAAAUUACCACUUGUUUAACCUAAAGGUCGCCUCUAUUUUGGCACGAAUUUAUCGUUUUUUUUCAAUUGAUAUCCAUGACAAUUCUGUUACCUUAGGCUUUGGGUAUACGAGAUCGUUUCUUUGAUAUAGUCAAAUAUUAGUCACCAUUACACGCUAAGUUAUUACCUCAAUUUAUGCGCUUUGCACAAUUCACUAUUUAGACUAAGUUAAAACGUCUUGUAAAUAUACAUUUUUAAUUUUAAAGUGAAUUCGAAUAGUUGUUGUAUUCGGUAGGAUAUUUGUAUUAGUUUUAGUAUUUCGCUAAUUUCUCAUUUCGUGAUGUUCCUCUACGUAUAAUGUUCAUAAAAUUAUUUUACUAAUUUGAAACGUUCGUUUUUCAAAAGUAUGAAAAUAUCUGUUGUACAUAAUAAUUUUAAAAAAAAUGAUUGGGUCUUUUUUGGUCGUAACAUUUAAUUUUAUAAAAUUUAGUUCAUAAUAACUCAGACUGUAAUUAAUUAUAUAUAACCUCAUUUCAUAAAAUAAUAUUUUUUGUUGCCUAUUAUUAAUAUAAGGUAAUGUAAUAAAUUCAUAUUGAAUAACUCAUAAAUUAAAAACAUCAGCAACUACAUUGUAUCUAUUAUUAAAUAUAACUGUAUAAUAUUAAAUUAUUUCGUGUAAGUUAAAGUAUAAUUGUUUAAAAUUAAAUGAUUAAUAUUACGUCGACAUGGAAAGAGUAUCGGCUAAAACAAAAUAAUAAUAAUUAUAAAUGUUUAUAUUUUGAUAAAACAUUUUUUUAUGGCUCAAUGUUAUUUGACAUGGUACAUGAUUUUCUACAUCAUCGUUCAGGCGUAUAAAUACGGCGGCAGCUGGCUGUCGCUAUUAUUUAUAUAUAAUUAAUUAAAAAAUAAUUGUAUUUGUAAAUAACGUUUUCCUAUUUAUGCACAUUAGUUAAGGAUGGAAUGUCGUCAAAGAAUAAAUACACAGAUAAAA